AUGUCUGUCGCCGAAGCCAACUCGCCCCGCAAGUAUGGCAAGAAGGCCAGAAUGGGCACCAUGGGUAUUGUUCUGAAAGGCGCCAUGGUACUGCUUCUCCGACGCAGGGCGCCCGGGGGACCUGGAUCCUUUGAGUCCAACGCGGUGUGCUUUUUGAAGAGUAAUGGAUCGUUGGUGAGUUCCGAGAGAGUUCAUGAAAGUUCAGAAAUGGCAUAG